ACAAAAUGAAGGCUUUGUAGCAUAGCGGCGGUAUUUAGAACGAAACCACAGUAUCAUUGUAGAUGAAAAAAGAAAGUGAUGCGCAAUGCCAAUCGUGGACAAGCUCAAAGAGGCCCUAAAGCCAGGACGGAAGGAUUCUGCCGACGAAGGCGACCUUAAUAAACUCCUGGCCUCCUCCGCUAAGAAAGUUCUGUUACAGAAGAUUGAGUUUGAGCCAGCCAGCAAAGGCUUCUGCUACCAACUCGAAACACUCAAGACCAAGUAUGUUAUUCUGAACCCGAAGAAUGACGGUGCUUCGGCACAGAAGAACCCAGAACCGGCCCAGAUCAAAAGACAAGUUUCUGAGAGCAUAACUGGGGGCCAGAGUGAUGGUAUUCCUGCUCCACAGAAGAUACUUUUCCCAGGGAACAGGCUCUCUAUGCGGUGGGAGCGGGUUUAUAGGGUGGGAGCCGGCCUCCACAACCUGGGAAACACCUGCUUCCUCAACUCCACUGUGCAGUGUCUCACCUACACCCCUCCUUUAGCCAAUUACCUUCUCUCCAAGGAGCAUAGCCGCGCCUGCCACCAAUCAGGAUUUUGCAUGAUCUGUAUUAUGCAAAACCACAUCAUCCAAGCCUUUGCCAACACAGGCAAUGCCAUCAAGCCUGUAUCUUUCAUCAGAGACCUGAAGAAGAUUGCUCGACAUUUUCGAUUUGGGAGCCAGGAGGAUGCCCAUGAAUUCUUGCGGUACACUAUUGACGCAAUGCAGAAAGCCUGUCUUAAUGGCUACCCCAAAUUGGACAGGCAGACACAGGCCACAACAUUGGUUCAUCAGAUUUUUGGCGGCUACCUAAGGUCACGAGUGAAGUGUUCCAUUUGUAAGAGUGUGUCGGACACUUAUGACCCUUACCUGGACAUAGCUGUUGAGAUUCGGCAAGCGGCCAACAUCGUCCGUGCUUUGGAACUAUUUGUCAAACCCGAUGUAUUGAGCGGCGAGAACGCUUAUAUGUGUGCCAAGUGUAAGAAAAAAGUUCCAGCGACAAAACGAUUCACGGUUCAUCGAACAUCCAAUGUUCUGACCCUGUCCCUCAAAAGGUUCGCCAAUUUCAGCGGGGGAAAAAUUACCAAGGAUGUUGGUUAUCCGGAAUUCCUGAACAUUCGCCCCUACAUGUCCCAGAGCACAGGAGACCCUGUGAUGUAUGGCCUCUAUGCUGUUUUGGUGCAUUCUGGGUACAGUUGCCAUGCUGGGCACUACUACUGCUAUGUUAAGGCCAGUAAUGGGCAAUGGUACCAGAUGAAUGACUCCAUGGUACAUUCCAGUAACAUCAAGGUCGUCCUCAAUCAACAGGCAUAUGUGCUCUUCUACCUGAGGAUUCCCGAAACCAAGAAGAAUGUGGAUGGGCCAGUAUCAAAGCAGGGUUUUGUACACCCUGCGAAGAACAAUUUGGCUUCAGAACAACUUAAGAAGACCACUCUGAAUGGACCCCUCUCCUCGCCCCAGGUUACCAAGAAGUUGGACCCCUCCCAACUGAGAAAGAUCCAGUCCAUGGAUGGGGGCAUGGGAGUGGCAGUGCCAAGGAAUGGCACCAGUGUCCCAUCUCCCAAAAUGUCCAAUGGCGUGUCUUCAGCUCACGCUUUGUCCAAGCUGUCCGGUGGCCCCACGCUGAUUGAAGAGCCCUUCAAAAAACUGAAGAAGCCCUCUCCUCAGCUGCAGGCUCGCAGUAGCACCCCGGCACCCUCCAACGGCCUGGCCAAACCAGAGACUGAAAGGAGGAAUGGAACGGAGAACCGUGGACUGGCACCAUCUACCUCACUCAAGUCCCUAUCCGACUCUUCAUCAGCCGACACCUCAGAGUCUAAGGACUCAAUCGGCACUCGGAGCGCGCCUGUCGGGGACCUGACCACAGCCCCCAAAAAUGGCGUGAAUGGGACAGGAUCUCCUGCAAAGAGUGCGGCGCGGUUGGGUGCAGAGGAGCAAAAGGCAAAACUGAAGCCCCAAGCCCUCACCAACAUCACAUCAGAAGCCACCAGCACUAUGUCCCCUCCACCUGCCAAGAGGCUAGCUUUGUCUGCCAAGAAGGCCAAUCACAGCCGGAGUCUGAGCAGCACCAGCACUGAGGCUCCGCCCAACCCAUCCCACCAUCUGUCAAAUGACCCCACACAUUCAGCUCAACUUCACCUUCUCACCUCUGCCUCAUCGGACCAGCGCUACAGGGUUGUACCAUUCCAUUCACCCAAGCUGCAGUCUCCUCCUGUGACUCACGAUCAACAAAGCUUUAAAAACGACAGCCCCGCAAAAGAGUCCCCCUCUACCCUGAAGAGUCCCAUACUCACCAUGUCCCCGCAGAUGAAUGGUUUCCAGUCUAACCCUUUUGGCACCAACGGACCAAUCCGGAACCAGAAUAUCCUGGCCCCAGACACAAGACUCACUAAAGAAUCUCUCAGUCCCUCCCUAAAGAAGAAGAAAAAGAAGAAACUCAAGCGACAUCACUCAGAAUUAGAAGGAGAACAGCCAACUGUCACCUUAUCAGACGCUCUGGCAAAACAAGAAGAUUCGAUCAGUGAAAAAAGGAGGAGAAAGAAAAAAAGGAAAAGAGAAGAAGACGUAAAACCUCCGGGGAACCGAAGGGAGUGCGUGCCGUCCCAUCUCGAGGCCCAGGCCCAAGACGAAGACUGGUGUCUUGGAGAGACUUGGAGCAUCAGGCCUGUUGCUAAAGCAUCCAUAGAAGAGCCCAAGCAGAAAGCAGAUUUGUCCUCAGAGCAGAAACCUCAAGUUCAGCCUCAGGCCCUGCCUGUGCUUUUGCAAAACCAGUUAGCACCCCCUCUGGGCCAGGAGAAGACAGACACCAUCUCAAAGAAGAAAAAGAAGAAGAAGAAGAAGAAGAAACUCAGGGAGAUGUUGGACAACACAGCUACAUCCUUUGUAACAGUAAGUUCUGCGGUUAAGGAUGCAGUUACCACAGAAAGCAAGGUGAAUAAGUCAGCAGUGUGUAAGAAAAAACAGAAGAAAAUGAAGAAGGAGCUGAAGGAUCAAGAGGCCAAACAGAUAGAGGAGACAGGACAUCCUGUUGACCAUCUGGCGAGUCACGAAUGUGAGUCGGUUUCUCAGAAGAGCAACGAGAAGACCGAGAAGAUGGGCAAACCAAGCAAUGCUGCUGUGACUGUCUGGGACAGUCAGGUUAAGGAUGGCUACAAGCGUACUGAGAACCCCUCAGGAGCAGAUGACGUGUCUGGGAAAGGGCCUUGCCCUGCCCCCAUGGCCUGGGAUGGCAAGAGGAGCAACUCUGUGGUGGAAGAGCUCCUGAAGAACUCUUUAGAUAAAGCUUACGGAACAGAGGUCCUUAGCUGGGAAGGAGAGCUCUCUUCCAUCAGUAAAGAUGCCAUGGAAGAUGCCCGCUAUGCCAAAACCGACACAGUGAUAGAUGAAUGGGACGAAGAGUUUGACAGUGGAAAGAUCAAGAAAAUGAAAAAGUAUAAAAAGGAGAAGCGAAGAAGUGGCAACGUCUUCCAGAAGAUUCAGGACCGCAGGAACAUGUGGUCAGUCACACCAGGGGGAAGGAGGAAUAGUUUAGGCUUCCGCCGCUGAGAAGACUGAUCUGAAAGGCUCUGUGAUGUGGAUACUGUCUGUGCGUGGGCAGAGAUGCCCUUACCAGGCCAGUAGCCGUAUUGGAUCAGAAGAUGCCAGGACCUCCCGACCUGGCUUUUCAUGGACUCCAAAGGGCUUCCUCGAAUGCUGCUGAACGUUUACUGUAGGCAGGAUCAAAAUGUCAUGGCUCAGUUUAAAAUUUUGACCGUAAAUCGAAAACAACAACAAAACAAAACAAAACAAAGCCUUCCGUGUGAACAAAACUGUUCCUGAGUCUCUCUUAAUCUCUCUACAUGUUAUAAGAAUUUCACCAAAGCAAGAUGUCAGGAUGGCAGACGGCCAUCCAGUUUGAUGGUUAAGUCCUCGAUUUGAAAUGUGUAUGUUAUUUGAUCUUAUGUGGGUUUGACUCUGGUCAAACCACCAACCACUCCCAAGGCCCAGGUGCUCUUUUGGGCUAUGAUGACAUGUUCUUCAUGUAAACUGUCAGGGGUGUGUCUUCCAUGUUUGCAAGCUGAAUCUAGCACACAGUUCAUUUUGGAGAUGUGAAAACAGAAAAAAAAAGUCACUUUCCAUGAAUGACUUAAAACAGCUUUUAAAGGAUUCGUAUUCCUCCCCCACCCCCAAAUCCCUGCUAAACUGGUAAAUCCUUUGUAGGGAGACAUACAUUUUAUCUGAAUUACUGUAUGUGUUUUCUUUAGUGUGGACAAUAGGAAGCCUGUGUAGGCCUUGGAAAACCCAAAUGAGUUUUAUUUGAAACCUUGGCCAAGUCCAGCCUGAAAAUGAAUGAAAGCAACAUCCCUGAUACAAAGCUGCAGUAUCAUAUCCACUCUGUGAAAAUGUAACUCUCUCGAGGAUGUCAUCUCUUCUUAUAACUGUAGUCUCAAUACCGGACUAAAAUUCACUCAUUUCAUUUCAAAGAGACGACCUUUGAAAUUAUUUCAUUGUUCUUUGUUAAUUUA